AUGUCAAGUCUGCUCCCGGGCAUGUUGGGCGUGAAGGAUCAGAGGCACAGAAUACCUUCUUGCCCUCUCACUCGGUACAGAGCAGUUGCAAGCAGACGACCAGCCUUUGCAGGCCCGGAGAUACGGUCGACAAGCGUUUUCGCCAUCGCUGUUGCUUUGAGACAGCUUCAUGUCAGAUACCGGACACGAAAAUGCUGCAAGACUCGCUUACUUGCCGGUAAUGCCACCAAGAGCUCAAAGGAUGAGAACGCAGAAAACAGUCGGAGACAGAAGCAGUGGGAGCGGGAAGAGCGCCAGGCGGAGUUCUGGGAUCACUUGUUCGAGGGGCCCGAGGACGCCUUCAGACUUACUGGGGAGGAUCCGGACGUAUUGAGGCAGAAGCGUGUGAUGAUCAUGAUCUCGGACACGGGAGGUGGACAUCGUGCAUCUGCCAUGGCGCUUGCGGAUGCGCUGCAGGAGCUAUACCCUGUACACAUCACAAUACGCGACGUAUGGACGGAAUCAUGCCCUUGGCCUUUUAACACCGUUGUGAAGCAAUAUAUGUGGAUGGCAAAGCAUACCUGGUCAUGGCGCAUGCUGUGGUACAGCAGUAAAUUUCCAGUGAGCAGGUGGAUCAUGCAGAAGUUUGCAAACGUGCUGUGCAAGCGUGUGUUCAUGAAAGCUAUCCAGGAUGACAGUCCUGACCUAAUCAUCUCCGUGCAUCCUGGCACACAGCACAUUGUCAUCAAGGCUCUAAAAAAGUUGGCCCGACGGCAGGGAAGUAAAAGCCGCAUUCCGUUCGUAACUGUUGUGACUGAUCUUGGAUCAGCUCAUCCCAUGUGGUUUCAUCCUGAAGCAGAUCGUGUCUUUGUACCCUCAGAUGCUGUCAAGGACAUUGCGCUAAGAUGUCACGUGCGUGAAGCAGUCAUCGAGGAGUACGGCUUGCCGCUCCGACGUGUUUUCUGGAAUGCUGAGCCGCAGACGAAAGAAGAGGUCCGUCAGGCACUUGGCCUCCAGCAGAGAAAAACAGUACUUGUCGUUGGUGGCGGUGAUGGGGUUGGCCGGCUUUUCCACGUGGCCGAAGCCGUUGGGAAAAGGCUCCAAGCUUUGGGAAAUGGAGAAAAAGGUGCUCAGCUUGUUGUUAUUUGUGGCAAGAACGAGAAAGUGAGGAAGCAGUUGCAGGCUGUGCGUUGGCCUGAGGCAGUUUCUGCGCACGUUCUCGGGUUUGUGAAAGAUAUGGACCAAUGGAUGGCUGCUUCAGAUGUUAUUGUUACAAAGGCUGGUCCCGGUACUAUAGCUGAGGCUUGCACGAGAGAGUUGCCAGUCAUGCUCAGCUCGUAUUUGCCUGGUCAGGAGCAGGGAAAUGUCAGAUUUGUGCUGGAAGGUGGAUUUGGGGAUUUCUCCACAGAUGCUCAGGUUAUUGCACGAACAGUUGUUGGAUGGCUUCAAGAUGAAGAGGCUCUCCAGCGAAUGUCCAGACGAGCGGGCGAACAAGGUCGUUCGCAAGCCACCCUCAAGAUCGCGCAAGCUAUUGGGCAGAAGUGGCUGACAACGCGCACUUCUACACUGCUUUCUAUGCUGGAGAAGCUUUUGAAAGCUGGAUCGUCCAGUCUGGAUUCCGGUCCCGACACUUCUGAGCGACUGCCAGAGCAUGUUGGCCAGCAGCUGUCUGAAGCGCUACGUGACUUGAAGCAGGCGCAGCAGGACUGCUUGAACGCGGAGACGUCCUUGCGUGGUGCAAAAGAGCGAGUGCGGCUUGCUGCGAAGUAUCUUGGCGCAGCGAGCACACAAGCAGCGAUCUUGGAUCCCUACUUGUCCUUCCUUGGCAUGAAAGAAGUCGAUGGCGCCUCCUCGUGCUUUUCGUUCAGUUAUGCAUUUCAGAGGCUGGUCCGCCAUGGACAUGCGCGCUCUUCGCAGUUCGUCCACGUGCCGAUUAAGGUCCCCUUUCAGGUUGUGAGACCAACUGCGAAUCAUUCUUCGAUGCUGCCGGUCCCAGAGGGUUUGGCCAGGCUAGCGCGACAUCCGAGCAGCAUUUCAAUCAUCUCGGUCGUCGGUCCAUUCCACUCAGGGAAAAGUUUUUUGUUGAACGCGCUGCUGGGUGACCCACAGGUCUUCUCAAUCGGUCGAAAGACAUCUCCAGAGACAAUGGGGAUUUGGCUCUGUCGCACUGACUGGCAUGCAAAUGACGGGUCAGAGGUAUGGCUUAUGGAUUCAGAAGGUUUCUUUGGUCCAGGUGUUGCCGAGAGCUAUGACGCCAAGAUUUUCACCAUCGCAACACUUCUGGGUGGGCAUCUCGUGUACAACACUGUCAAGGUCAUCGACCAGCAGGCUGUCAACCUUCUGGAAAUGCUGGCCCGGCGAGCACAACUCUUCAGAACUCGGACGUCCACGGAGCAGUCAAAUCUGGAGACGCCUGAGUUUUUGAGCGUGAGGAGUUUUCCUCCACUGACAUGGGUUGUAGAGGACUUUGUGCAAGAGCUUCCCGAAGAGCAUGUGCAUUCAUCUGAUCCAGCCACUGCAUGGCUGAGGUCCUAUUUGUCCUAUGUCAAUGAUACUUCAGGCGAGGAGGUGCACAUUCUCUCCAAGUUGUACAGUGACGUGAAGGUGAAGACCUUGUUCUUGCCUGCAACCUCAAAGCCAGAUCUGCAGGACCUGUCGAAACUCCAGUGGGCGCAGCUCACGCCUGAGUUCAAGAAGGAGCUCGCUGAGCUCAAGACCCACGUCCUUUCCAGCUUGCAUGCUCGUUCAUUUGAAGGUGAACCAAUGACCGGUCGUACUCUUGAACGUUCGCUGCGCUUCAUUGUGCAGGGUCUACAGCGCGGCAUGUUUCACGAGCUGCCAUCUUUGUGGACGACGUGGACACAGCAGGUGGCUGAGAUGUCCCUCCAGGACUCUGAUACCUGGUUUUUGUCGCUCCUCUCCAGCAUUGACCACAAUGAGGACCCUAUCCCUUUGCGAGAUUUCAAUGACAAGGUAGAGGAGGCGAGAACAAGGUCAGUGCAAUUCUACAUGGAACUUCUGCGAGACUUCGACGUGAGCCCAGACAUACCAGAACUUCGCAAGCGAAUGGCAGUGCACUUUCAGCACAAGCUUGUACUUUACCACGAGCGGGUGCAGCGAUGGACAAACGAAGCAAUUGCCAAGCAUAAAGAAAGCUUUGGGAGGCUGCUGUCCGAGCGCGAACUGCCAUUUGACCCGGACCUGUUCAGAAAAAGUGGAGAAGAGGGGAUACGAAAGACGGUGAGUGACUUCAGCACGAAAAUCCAGGUCUUCGCAGCUCGAGGGCAAAGCCCGGUCCACGGCAAGGCAGCUUCGAUGCCAGCUUUUGCCCAGGAUCCCGCGAGCCAACUCAGCGUCGACCUGCACACCAUGCUGGGUGCACGCGAGCUGGAGAAUGAGCGGGAAAUUAUGCAGUACUUCAAAGCGGCAGUAGCGGCUGCAGAUGAGGCAGUUGACCGCGAGUUGAAGAUGGUGGGCAACAAGCUGCUGGGAAAGUCGCAGCUGAAGGAGUUGCAGUCCAUCGUGCAAACUCGCUGCUGGCAAGCGUUUGAUGACAAGCUGUCCUCGCACAAAUGGAUGAAGCUGCUCAGUCAUCACAAGACGCACAAAGCGCUUGUCCAGACAGAGACGUAUGAGAACAGGAUGACCAGGUUUACGGCUGCUAAUGACCAGCGACUCAGUGCGCAUUUCCGGACAGCUCUUGAGAGAUGCGUGAGUUCGUACAAGACGAGGAAGACUCAUCUAGCGAUGCCGGCCUCCGAGUCCGAUCUCACAGCUGAGCACAGGCAGCUCGCCGCCAGUGUUCGAGAGCUGCUUGACGAGCAGGGUCGGGACCUUCAAGAUACUGAUGCCCAUCGUGGUGCGCUGAGAAGCCUAGAGUCCGUCUUGGACGAAGGCUUCAUCCACAUUAAGCAAAAGAACAUCGAGCUAUGGAAGGUGCACUCAGAUGAGGCGACGCGCUGUGCUCUGAAAGAGAAUCAAGCUGCCGAAAAGAAUUGUCGAUAUUUCUGCUUGUUUACACGAGUUCCGAUGGUGCACAAGGCCAACUCUCGAAAGCAUCUACUGCAAUGCCUGUCGCGAUCCAGCACGGGAACACGGAUGUCGCAAAGCAUGCAGAACCAGGUUUUUGAGGAUUGGUACAACAAGGACCUAGCUCAUGAUGCAGCAACAGUGUGGACGAACUUCUACCUUUUUCUGGGCACGCCGAUUAUAGGGAUUCUGGUCCUUUGCUUCAUCAGCGGUUGCGGACGCUCCUUUAGGCAGGGAACCCUUCAGCGUGCCAUAGCUUUCGUCUGCUCCCGAGGUUGGAACUUUUGGACUUCCCUCUACUGCUUUAACUCAACUACAGCAGACACGCGCCACAUCAAGUCUCUUCAUCUCUCGGCGGCUGCCAAAGUCAAAAGUGCCAGACUUGCCCUGACAAGAUCACGACCGCUUGUGAAUCAGUCUGGUUUCACAUUGUUUUCGCUUCUCCUUUCUUUGCAGUAA